AACAUUACGCAAGAAGACAUUCAUUUAACCUAAAUUAUUUGAAUGCAACUAUCUUUUCAAAUAAUUAAUCCUGUGAAUGCUGCUGGUGUUACUAUUUCAUGAAUUUAAUUAAACUUUGCAGAAAACAAUAAGAAUUCUUAGUACCGCUUGUUUCCGAAGAUUAAAGCUACCCGAGCACUUCAAAGAACCAAAGUGAACUUUGAAUUUCAAGAUGGCGGCCAGAGCAAUUGCAUAUCGAGCCAAUAUUUUUCACCCAGCAUCAUGCGGUUCUGUAAGGAAUAUGGCGACUUUAAAAGAAAUUUCAAUCCGAUUGAAAAGUGUGAAAAAUAUUCAAAAAAUCACCAAGUCCAUGAAAAUGGUGUCAGCAGCCAAGUAUGCUAAAGCUGAGAGAGAACUAAAACCAGCCAGAGCCUAUGGUGAAGGCGCUUAUGCUCUUCCAGAUAAAGUUGAGUUGGAUGUCGAUGAGCAAAAGCCGAACCACUUGAUGGUCUUGCUGUCAUCAGAUCGUGGUUUGUGCGGUGGUGUUCACUCCAGCUUAGCAAAGGCUGCCAAAGCAGCAAUUGCUGAACUGCCAAGUAAUGUGAACACCAUGCUUGUGCCAUGUGGUGAUAAAGCCAGGGCCAUCUUGCAGAAAAGCCAUGGUGACAACAUCCUGUUCCAUGUGUCUGAGUUGGGCAAGAAACCACACUUUGCUGAUUCUUCUGCAAUAGCCCAAGAAAUUCUUGACAGUGGCUAUGAGUUUGAUGUGGGGAAAAUUAUCUACAACAAGUUCUUAUCUGUUGUUUCAUAUCAAACUGAAAUGAAACCAAUGUUCUCCUUUGAAACAUUGAACGGUGCAGAGUCAUUAAACGUCUACGAUGACGUGGACGCCGACAUCAUGCGAAAUUAUCAAGAAUUUUCUCUUGCAUCCAUGCUGUUCUUUGGCAUGAAGGAGCAAUCGUGUAGUGAACAGAGCGCAAGAAUGACGGCUAUGGAUGGUGCGAGCAAAAAUGCCGGGGAAAUGAUUGACAAGUUAACGUUGACCUUUAACCGCACCCGUCAAGCCGUUAUUACCAGAGAGUUGAUUGAAAUCAUGUCGGGAGCUGCCGCUUUAGAGUAGAGACGUUCCUGUCAUCAUUGUGAAAUAAUUUACCAAAGUCUUUACUAGUUCUUAUGUUAUUGUUUCAUGAAUAAAAUUUUUCAAAAUGUAA